AGCAGAUAAAAGAGAGAGAAAAUAUCAAUCGCCUGCUCCUCUCUCUCUCUCUCUCUCUCUCUCAUAUCGGCGAAACCAAAAUGGCUCUGCAACUGUGGGAGACACUCAAAGAGGCAAUUCCGACCUACACUGGCCUUUCUCCUGCGACCUUCUUCACCGUGCUCGCUCUCGUUUUGGCCAUCUACUACGUCGUUUCGGGGCUGUUUGCGUCCUCCGAUACCCACCACGAGCGGCCCAGAUCGUUUGAGGAGGUUCCGCCUCUGCCUCCUCCGGUUCAGCUCGGCGAGAUCACCGAGGACGACCUGAAGCAAUACGAUGGCUCCGAUCCCCAGAAACCCUUGCUCAUGGGCAUCAAGGGCCAGAUCUAUGACGUCUCUCAGAGCAGGAUGUUCUAUGGACCUGGCGGGCCUUAUGCAUUGUUCGCUGGAAAAGAUGCUAGUAGAGCUCUUGCCAAGAUGUCUUUUGAAGACAAAGAUCUCACUGGUGACAUCUCUGAGCUUGGUCCAUUUGAACUUGAGGCGUUGCAGGAUUGGGAAUACAAGUUUAUGAGUAAGUAUGUCAAGGUUGGAACUAUCAAGAAGGCCGUUCCAGUAACUGAGUGGUCAACUUCCGGGGAAGCGGAUUCCACUGAAACAAAAGACGAAGCUAAGCCUGCUGAGGGCAUUUCAUCAGAAAAGCCUGCUGCUAAAUCUGAGGAAAGCCCUUCUGAGGAAAUCCCUUCUAAGGUGGAGGCUGCGAAUGAAUGAUUUUUCGAGUCCCACUUUGUACGAGUCGGGAAGAAGGUUUUUUAUGGAGAAACCAUAGACAUGGGGUCUGGUCGUGCAGUUGGUAAAUCUCUGAUCACACAGAACUUCCUAUCUAUAGCGUAGGAUACUUUUGCCAUCAUCAGAUUUUCUUGAAUGUCUACUUAAUUAAUAACUCCAUGAUGGUAAAAUUUGGGUUUUUGUGGGUGCUACAACUUUUGUACUCUGUUUAUUUGGUGUUUAUGCAGUUAACGAACACACUAUAGCUAAAUCGAGGAUGUGUAAUUUGCUGUUUAGCUACAUAAUAAUGUUCUGUCGUUCCAAGAAGUGUUAACAACCGCGUUAAGUUGCAUGUUUUGAACUUUCAGAAGCAUUUCAAUGAUAUAGCAAAUCUUGCUGGGU